CCCCAAACACACUAUGAAUUCUUCCCCAAGACGCUGCCUCAAGGUCCCCCACCCUCUGGACUUUUCCAUAUCGACAUCCGGGAACUGCGACGAGAGUUCCUGCAGCUGCAAGCGGUAGCACAUCCUGAUCGACAUCCACAUAACCUGAAGACACGAGCAGAAGCGACAUCUGCACGGAUCAAUGAAGCGUACAAGACAUUACAAAACCCUUUAUUACGAGCACAAUACCUGUUAAGUUUGCGGGGCAUAGAUGUCGCCGAGGACGAGACAGCGAAGGUGGAAGAUCCGGAAUUAUUAAUGGAGGUACUGGAUGCGAGAGAAGAGAUUGAGAAUGCGAGGGAAGAAGAGGAGUUGGAGGAGAUGAAGAGGAUUAACGAGGAGAGGAUCGAGAGGAGUGAGGCGAUAUUGGAUGCGGCGUUUAAGAGGGAUGAUAUUGAAGGGGCGAAGGGGGAGGCGGUUCGGUUGAGGUAUUGGGUUAAUAUUAAGGAGAGCUUGGAUGCUUGGGAGAGGGGGAAGCCGAUUGUGCUUGUGCAUUAA